CCUGCCCUCCCAUCCCGUCUGCUGCCUUUCAGCUGAUGAUGCAUGUGGCAGAAUAGGCUUUGGGAGCAUCGCUAUAGCAACCGAAAACAGAAAGGCACUUCAGAGCAAUCUCAAAGAGGAAAUGUGACCUGGGCCAUUGCACAACUACAAGCCCUACAAGACAACCGGAUCACUUAUCAAGGUAAAAGUGAACAGCAGAGGGCCUGUGACCGAGCAUGUCGUGGUUCAGCUGGAACGAGCCGUACAAUCGUAGCCCGCGGCGUGAGCCGUCUGAAGUAGUUGUGGACACCCUGAUGCUGGAACUGAGCUGGCAGAUGAAAGAGGCCGAGAGGCUGCAGCGGGAGCGAGACAAUGAAUACCGCAGGCUGAAGAGCGGCGUGGACUACAGCUGGCUCAUGAGCGCCCCACGCACCUCGUACGACAUCAGCCAAGGAGAGAAACUGGGCCUGGAGGACCUGUGUAGCAAAGUACCACCAGCAUACUGCGGGCCUGCAAUACAAAGGUUUCGGCAGGUGCUGAUGGAGAACGAACCUGAGGUGCAAGAGGUUUCCGGACUCUUCCGUUCUGUGCUUGUGGAAACACUUGAGCGCGUUCAUGAGGAGCAGGAGGCUCAGCGUCUGACCCACCAGGGGAACAACAGACGCUCCAUAAGCCUGUCGCUGAUGAACUUCAAGUCUCGCGUGCGGAUCAACCCUUUCGGCAGCACCUUGGGACUGAAAUCGAGCAGUUACGGCUCAGAGGAAGAUGGCAUGGACGUCAAGACUGUGUGUGAGGAUGUUGAGAAGGGCCUUAGCCUGACAGCGGAGAAAGCGCAGCGCGUGUGGAGCAUGCCAGAGAUCCGGCACAAGGGAAUCAAUGGUAAAGCUUGAGUGUCUGUGAGUGGGAUUCAGCGGGAUCCGGUCCAAGUCAACGACUGACUGAUCUUCCCAGCAUCACCUUCACUUCCAGCGUGUCUAUAUUCCGAGGUCUAAGCAUGGAGGCAAGAGGCAUGUUCAUGUUGGGAAAUAAAACUGAAGUUUUAUAAGCAACGCAUCACAAAUCAAUAAGUCUUACAAGGAUUACAGAUCAUAAACCCAGUUUAUUUUUGAAUUUGUGCUGUAAAUUCCUAAAAUAGAAUAAGAUAUAUUUAUCUGGUCACUCACCAUUAGAUUAAAUUUGUUAGUCUGAAAUGAUACAAAUUUUCCCUUGAAAAAAGUUUUUAUAUGACCUU